CUCGGGCCCUUCGCCGAAGAGCAGCCAACAGGUAUGCGCACCCCUUCUCUUCCCUUCCCGCUGUGCGAAGCUGAGGACCCAAACCCUAGCUGACACUGUUUUGGCUAUUUGCGUUUCGAUCAGAUCUAAUUUUAGGUGUAUACAUGUAGUAUUAUGCUUUCUAACUUGAUUUUCUUGCAAAAUAAAAACAUGGGUCCGCUCAUCUUCCCUACUGGGUCCGCCUGGCAUAUGUAGGAAUUUUAGCUAUCUUUUAGCCGAUUGAAUCAACUUCUAGAAUCACUACAUAAACUUGUAUUCGUUGAGAUUUAAUUCUUUAGGUUGGUGACAUAUUUUGCCAGAUUACUGGGUAUAUUGUCAGGGUAUAUUGUCAGCUAUAUUAGUCUACUAAUGGAUUUUGCCUUUUCUUGGUGGUAGCUUUAACUGCGAUUUCGGUUGUUUGUUUUGUUUCUAUCAGAUAUUAAUAAUCUAACAUGGUGUGCAACUUAGGUUAAAAUAAAAAAAAAUUGUUGGAUGGAUAAUACAAGGCCUACACCAGAAGGAAUACCCUUUGUGCGACAGGCGAACAACUGUCUCUAUCUCUCUCUGCAGUGUUAUUUGGUUUAUUAUAUGCAGUUGUAGGGGAGAAAACUAAGGCCUGUUCACUGCAGCUAGAAGCAUAGCUGCAGCAGAUGCAGCAGGCUUCUUAUACAGUAUUUGCAGCUUAGAAUUUGCAUUGGCAGCUACAGCUAGCUGCAGCAAACACUCCUAACAAUAAUAGUGGAGAGAGACUUUCACGCUGUUUAAAUUUAGGUGAUUUUGGGAAUUAACUUGCAGAUUUAUUAAUUAUUAUAUAGGUAAAAAGUGUAGUAUCAGUUACUAGGAGCAAGAACUUGCCCUGAUGACACAGUUAUUUUGGUUUUUCUGUUCACUUCUCCUAAUAUUUAACCUUUUGAGUAAGUGUGCAGAUUAGGUCUUAAAAAGGGAUUGCGAUUAAGCUAUUAUUGCCAGAGCCUGAGCUGUAGAAUUUUCCAUUUACACACGUGGCUGUACAGGGGGUAAACUUGCAGGAAUAUUACUUGGUGAUCCUAUAAGAUACACAUGCUGUGAACCCUGAUUUGUUUUAGCUGCUUUUGUUCGUUUUUGUCUACUUAGCCUUGCACACUGAGGACCUUUAUUGAGGUAUUCCUUGAUCCCCAUGGUUCUAUAUAACAAACCAUGAGUUUAUAUCAUUAUCCCUCUAUCUCACCUUAUAUUGAACAUGGUUUUUGAUACUAUUCUUCUUUGUGCUUGAAGGUUGCUGGUCUGCGAGUUGAAUCAUGGCGGAGUACUUGGCUUCGAUCUUCGGCACUGAGAAGGACAGGGUCAACUGCCCUUUUUACUUCAAGAUUGGGGUCUGUCGUCAUGGGGAUCGCUGCUCUCGUCUGCACAAUAGGCCAACUAUAUCACCAACUCUUGUGCUUGCUAACAUGUAUCAGCGCCCUGAUAUGAUAACCCCUGGAGUUGAUGCUCAAGGCCAACCUAUUGACCCUGAGAAGAUGCAGGAGCAUUUUGAGGACUUCUAUGAGGACAUCUAUGAGGAGUUGGGGAAGUUUGGUGAGAUUGAGAAUCUGAAUGUUUGUGAUAACCUUGCUGACCACAUGAUUGGGAAUGUCUAUGUCCAGUUCAGGGAGGAAGAGCAAGCAGCCGUAGCAUACAACGCUCUUCAAGGGCGCUUUUACUCUGGCCGCCCUAUAAUUGUUGAGUAUUCUCCUGUGACCGACUUCCGUGAAGCAACCUGUAGGCAGUUUGAGGAGAACAGCUGCAACCGUGGUGGCUCUGUAAUUUCAUGCAUGUGAAGCAAAUUGGCAGGGAUCUCAUGAGGAAGUUGUAUGGGUGUUCAGCUUCCAGGAGGUACCAUGGGAGAAGCCGAAGCCGAAGCCCGCCACCACAAAGGAGGGGCCACCGUGACCGUGAUGACUACCACCAC